UACUGGGGACAUGUAGCUCUGGGGACCGACGGCUGAGCCUGCGACCACCCGGUGAGCGGGAUGCGGGCAAAUCUCCUGGUCUGGACCUGGAUUCUCCUCCCAGGAUGCUGGGCUCUGAGGGGCCCUGCAGAGGUGAGCGGCUUCCCUGGGGGCUCCGUGGAGGUACCCUGCGAGUACGAGCCGAAGCUGGUGGAUGCCAAUAAGUACUGGUGCAGGGGCAGCAGCUGGUUUUCCUGCUCCAUCCUCGUUCAGACUACGGCCCCCGGAGAUAAGGCAAGGGGGGACAGGGUGUCCCUGCAAGACGACCCCACUCGGCACGUGUUCGUGGUGACCAUGGCGAACCUGAGCAUGGAGGACGGGGAUCAGUACUGGUGUGGGAUCCAGGUAGCCUGGUACGACCCCAUGUUUCCCGUUGUGGUGUCUGUUCUCCCAGUGCCCAAGACAACACACUAUGACUUCCACACGACACAGGGGGAAGAGGCCACAUCUGCUCCCACCUUCCCAUGGACUGUCCUGGAGGUGGAAAACACCACAUCCACGCCAAAAGUCAGAAGCCUGCAGGCUGGCACCCCAAACCUGCUUGUCCUGGUCCUGACAUCCUGUGCUGCGCUGGUGCUGGUUUUGGGCAUCAUCAUCUGCUGCAGGAUGAGAAGAGCAUCGCUAGAGAGGAGUGGAGCCCAGGCCAUGGAGUGGAAGAGGUCCAAGGAGGACCUCCAGGUCACUGCAAGCUGGGAGCGAGCAGACGCUUCCAAUAACAUCUACAUAAACACGGAACUCAGCUCGCCCGAGGAUGACUAUGAGAACAGCCCGGCCAAGUGGCAGGACUUUGAAAAAGGAGACAAAGUUUCAGUUUCCAGAGCUCCAGAACUGCAGCCGAUCUACAUGAACACACGCUGAGUGGCUCCGCACUUGGUCCCUCGCUGCCAGAAAGCCCCGUGUCCGAGAACGGUCAUUCCCUGCAGCUCUCCCACCAUCCAGGUUGUGUUUCCCCACUGCUGCCCGAGCUCUGUCUGCCUUUCCCAUUGAGAUUCCCUGUAUCCCACAGAAGCAGCCCCUGUCCCCUCUGUACUGCAUGAGACUGAGGACCCCAGCGUGCCACGGGGUCCCGCAGUGUGACGU